AUGCUUUGGCUAGGAAUCGAUCGGAUGGGAGUUUGCCGUGAUCGGCAUCCAAGACCCACGGUGGGACUUCCACUUGGUAUUCUUCCCCGGGGUGAAACCAUUUGUGCGCACAUGGUCACUCAGCCUCCAAAUAGCGUCUUCCUAUUGCCGAACCUCAUGGAAGACUGGAGAUUCCAGGAGUCCCCAUAUUCCGAAUGCGGGGGACUUCGCGCAUAUGCAGGUGCACCACUUCGUCUACAAGACGAAUCCGGAGAGUGCGUUGCACUUGGAUCACUUUGCACACUCGUCAGUCUGGCCGAUUGGGCUGUCUCCGAUAUCGUUCAAUGCGCAAGAGCAAGGCGACAAAGAGAAAGACGUCGGAUGGUUGAGCUGAUUUCUACAGUGCAACGUGAUAUGGGAAAUACAUUCUCAGAGGCCUAUGUUCUUGGAACCCUACGGGUCGCGUAUCCUAAUGCAGUAAUCACUUUGCAAUCGUCGAAAGCUAUGCAUAUCGAACUUGAAGGACGAAGCCCGGUUCCGCCGUCUCUACUUGAAGGCGGCCUAUGGGAAGACACCGAAUACAUCGAUGACUUUAUCACAAACUCAAACAACAAGGAGCUUCCAACUACUCAAGUAGUUCGUGCUAUCGAUGCUCCAUGCGAUAACAUGCCGGGCGCAUCCCUACUCAUAGUGGCAACCAAAGACUUCCAAUCAAUAUUUGAUGAUGUCGAUUCCUGGUUCGUUCACACCUGCGCAAGUAUGAUCUCCCAGAUGUGGCAGAAAAUUUUGCUGGCAGAAGAUAUGGAAACGAAGGAGAAGUUUCCUCGAGGAUUUUCCCACCAACUUCGGACUCAUCUUCAUGAGAUUCUUGGUUCUGUGGAGCUCUUGACCGAGGAGCUGUCUUCGCGGGAUCUAGGCGAAAUUUCUAAUCUAGUACCAAUCUCGUCGGAACUAACCCGUGUUCGCCAUUUUCUUGGACCUUCUCUUCAUCUUAAGACAAUCAGAAUCGCGAGCCGAGAUUUGAACGCGAUAGUUAACAGUAUGAUUACCCUGAACCGCUGGGCUGACACGGCUAUGAGGGAUCGCCGUUAUCUCGUCCACUCCAUUCAUGAACUGGAACAGGGUCUUGCAGACGAAGUAUUGAAGGUUUUUUUGGGGGACACACGCUAUAAGGCGCCUAACUUUAGCAACAAAAUCUGCCGCACUUUUUCAUGGAUCUAUCAAAUUGAUGUCAUCUACCAUCAAUCAUGGUUCACACUUCAGAGCAACCUUCCGGGAAGUCGAGUAUUUUCGCUCAAAGUCACCGGCGCAGCCACUGGUGUCACGAGUGAAAUCUUUACCCACCAAAUUUCACAACAUGGCACUCAAUCCGAAUGGCAGACUGCUAUGCGAUCUUUUUAUCAACUAUCUCACGCACAUUGGAUUAAUGCUUUGAGCAGCAUAGAAGACAGUUUUGCCGUCACCGACUUUGGCCCCGAGUUAGAGCAACAUUUUGAGGGAUUGUCGCGCCUUCCAUCGGAUCGAGUGGUCAUCUGUCUUGUUCCAGCUUCACAAAAAGCACCUUGCACUGAACGCACCCCUGAUAAUGUCGUCUAUGUGAGCGGGCCAUUCUUAACUUCUGUAAUAAGUUCAGACCUCGAGGAGGCCGAUAAGCUCCUUUCAAAGAUCACCACGGUGACCACGCAAUCCUUGGUCGUUGACGAUAACGCCGUCAACUUGCACAUCCUCGAGAUGUAUUGUAGCAAGCGAGGCUUCUCAUACUGCAGUGCAACUGACGGCCUCUAG